AUGCCCUCGUAAAAUAUUAGAUCAUUAUUCCACAGAUAGCUGAAUGAAACUCUUUAGUUGUUGGAUGCUUAGAGGCUACUGGAUGUAAGCGAAACUUACACUCAUCGGAAAUUUGAGUGCAUUGGAAAUAUAAUCAAAGAUAAAGAUGAAAUUUGGCUAGUCUACACAGCUUCAAACGAUAUUGAAUCCACAAUAUUCACGAUCAAAAUUGGUUGGGAUCCUCUUAUUUCUAUUUCAUUUGUGAUAGAAUAUGUUCAAAGCUAUUUGCAGUAGAAUGUAAAUACAAAACAAUUUAAGUAUGACUACAAACUUUUUGAUUUGUAUUAUCUCGGCUUUAUAGACUAUUCUGGAUCAAGAAGGGCUUUCAUGUCUUCAUAUUCUCAAUAAAAAACCUAUAGCAGUGUUAUUUCUAACGAAUCUCAAGGGUAAAAAAUUGCCUAUAGCGUAAUCUAUAAUAAUAACUUUUCAUAACUAAGCGGUAAAAUCGGUGAUCACUUGUAUUAACUGGAUUUUUUGAAAAAUUAGAGUAACAUUGAUACUUCUUAAAAAUAUGUCAAGAAGCUAAAUCCUCAACAAAAUUAAUAAGCCAAUAGCAAAACUUAAUUGAAUGAUUGCUACUUAGGAAUGGAAUGUCAAAUUUAUUACUAAAUCUUUACCCUUUAUGGCCAAUGCUAGGAUGAACUUGAUAAACAAAGAAGCUAUUUUAUCGAGAUCAAUGUCAAUGAUACUAAUAGACUAGGGCAUUUGAAGUUUUACAAUUCAUCUAAUUCUAGCACACUAGUAGCAAACAUAUCUACUAAGACCAAAUCAAGAUUGCUUUAAUCAAAAUCUAUCGGUUAACCUUAGAAAGAAUUCUUAAUAGUUGACUUCGACAGUUAUAUAAGAUUAAUUAAAGUAUUUCCAAGUUGGAAUAUUUGCUAACACCUUAGAAAGUAUUGGAAAUUAUGA